GUCCUCUCUCUCGGUUCAUGUACUCAUAGACCAUACACACUUGCCUCUUCCUCGUUCCCGUCAUCAUCACCGUCGCCUUCCGCUGCCUCGGCCCCGGCCCUCCCUCCCGCCCCGUACUUAUUCCGAGGCGGCUUGUUGAUCGUUGCACAUCAUGCCCGACGCCGGCUCCAGUGCCGGCUUUGGCGCUGGUUCUUCCAGCUCCAGUUCCAGUUCCAGUUCCAGAUCCAGUUCCAGCUCCCUAACCUCGCCCUCUUCGACAGACGGCAUCAAUGCCCUUUGCAAGCCUGCAGGAGCUUCACAACGGAAAGCCAGCAUCACGCGAACCCAGCUGGCCCACCGCAUCGCACAGGGAGAGACGCUGGUCCUACACGCGCACAGGGUUUACAAGCUCGACAACUGGCUCGCCCAGCACCCCGGUGGCGCUCUCGCCAUCCUCCACUUUGUCGGGCGUGACGCCAGCGACGAGAUCGAGGCGUACCACUGCGACCAGACGCUGCGGCGCAUGAGUGCCUUUGUCGUCGCACAUUUCGACCUGCAGGACCAGCCGCUGUACAAGCCGCUCGUUCCCCCCGUACAGCUCGGUUACAGAAAGGGUCGAGGGCUCGAUCAUCCGCACGCCCAUCUCGACACGUGGCAACGCUACCUGGACCGACGUCCCACAGCUGCGCUUGCUACCGGACAGCAGACAUCUCCCGCAGCACUUUCACCAGCACGGCCCACCGACUUUCCUCUCCCCGUAGAGCUCCUUGAGCCUCCACCAGACCCACCGUGCAUCGACGCGACGAAGGAAGCGCAGAUCUCGCGUGCCUACAAACAACUACAUCAGCAAGUCAAAGACGCAGGACUGUACCAGCUUCGGCCGAUCGGCUACGUCCGCGAGUGCACACGUUACGCACUCCUCGGCCUGCUCGCGUUCUACUUUUACGCUUUUGCCCAUGGCCGCACAUCCUAUUUCCUCCUCUCUUCUACCUUCCUCGGCCUCCUCUGGCACCAAGCAACCUUCACCGCUCACGACGCUGGCCACAGCGGCAUCACGCACAACCAUGCUGUAGACAGGGUUAUCGGAACACUCAUUGCCGACUUUCUCGGUGGUCUCAGCAUCGGCUGGUGGUGCGACAACCACGACAUACACCACCUCGUCACCAACCACCCAGAACACGAUCCAGAUAUUCAACACAUGCCCUUCUUUGCCAUCAGUCCAAAAUUCCUUGUCUGGCAGCGGGACGGCCCUACUUCUCCAAAAGUGGAAGAGACCAAGGCGGGAGAGGAGGAAGAGAAUAAGACGAGCAAGGCCGAUCAAGACACCGUCACUAUCGGCCUGUGGAGCAGCUACUACCGCCGAGUCCUUGCCUUUGAUGCUCCCUCGCGCCUGUUCCUCCGCUUCCAGCACAAGCUCUACUAUGUGGUUAUGUCGCUAGGUCGCUUCAACCUCUACAGCAACUCCUACUCCUUCCUCCUGCUCCAAGCGCGCCGCGACAGGUGGUUCUACCUCGAGCUGCUCGGCUUGGCCUUCUGGACGCGCUGGUACAUUUUCGGCGCACUGGCACACCUGCCGAGCUGGAAACUGCGAAUCGCCUACGUGCUUAUCAGCCAUGUCCUCACCUCCCCGUUGCACAUCCAGAUUGUCCUGUCGCACUUUGCCCAGUCCUCUGACGACCUCGGCCUGAGCGAAAGCUUCGCCAGGCGCCAAAUCCGAACAACCAUGGAUGUCCAGUGCCCCACAUACCUCGACUUCCUGCACGGCGGCCUUCACAUGCAAGUCUCCCACCACCUCUUUCCACGCCUGCCGCGGCAUAACCUGCGGGAAGCGCGUGACAGGUUCGUCAAGCCUUUUGCGCACAAGUGGGGGAUCGAGUACGAAGAGUACGCCUUCGCAAAUGGCAACGGGAGGGUGCUCAAAGUCCUGCAGCAAGUCGCUGAGCAGGUCGACCUCCUUGCUAAGGUUGCCAGGGCGCAGGCAAAGUGCAAGCUGCACUAGAAGUAUAGACGGGCACAAUCCGCGCCGUCCUGGUAAUCAUUUUUGUAUUUAUCGACUAAGCAUUCCACGUUUGCAUAUACCUAGAGG